AUGGCAUAUCUCUCGGAGUUUCAGGUAAAGUUUCCUAAGGCAGCCCCUAAACCACCUAAGGGCCAUGUACGUUGGUGUCCUCCUAUGGGUGAGCGGUUUAAGACUAAUUAUGAUGGGGCUGUGUUCUCUGAAUCGAGAGAGGUUGGUAUAGGGGUGGUGGUUCGGAAUGCAAAAGGUAAGGUAAUCGCUGCUCUUGCCGAGAAGAUUCUGUACCCAAGCUCGGUGGAAGUGCUGGAAGCCUUGGCUGCGAGAAGGGCUGUGAAGUUUAUUGUAGAACUAGGCAUUGCAGGUUCGGAUUUUAAGGGAGACUCGGAGCUAGUGUGUAGAGCUUUGAGGCAGCAGGGCAAUUGUGUGGCCCAUGCAUUGGCUAGGAGAGCAAUAGUUUCAUUUCCUUUAUUAGUUUGGAUGGAGCAUGUUCCAUCCGAUAUUGAUCCGUUUGUCAUUUCAGAUAUUCUGGAUAGUUAA